CUAUAGAUAUCUACAUCAUAAGGUGUCGGAGGCCUGUUAUCCUAUAGAUAUCUACAUCAUAAGGUGUCGGAGGCCUGUUAUCCUAUAGAUAUCUACAUCAUAAGGUGUCGGAGGCCUGUUAUCCUAUAGAUAUCUACAUCGUACGGCCUGUUAUCCUAUAGAUAUCUACAUCGUACGGCCUGUUAUCCUAUAGAUAUCUACAUCGUACGGCCUGUUAUCAUAUAGAUAUCUACAUCAUAAGGUGUCGGAGGCCUGUUAUCCUAUAGAUAUCUACGUCAUAAGGUGUCGGAGGCCUGUUAUCCUAUAUAUAUCUACAUCAUAAGGUGUCGGAGGCCUGUUAUCCUAUAGAUAUCUACGUCAUAAGGUGUCGGAGGCCUGUUAUCCUAUAGAUAUCUACAUCGUACGGCCUGUUAUCAUAUAGAUAUCUACAUCAUUAAAGGUGUCGGAGGCAAGGUUGUUGAUUCCCGUGCUUACACACCAACUCGAUGUCCAACUAUUUUCCGAUGUCGCAUGAAAAUGCCAAAUAUGAAGCAUCUCUGGCUAAAGUGGAGGCAGCAAACAAGAUUCCAGACCCUUUGGAUUUGGUGCCGCCAUUCAAGAAAUUUGAGAGGAAUGGGCUAAAUGUGAGACUGGAGUGUAAAAAAGUGACAAACAUGGAGAAAGAGCUGGUAGACUGGGCGUUCCAGCUGACCAAGGCAAACAUGCAGACAUUGUAUGAAGAAAGUGAUUGGGGCUGGAAGGAUAAAGACAAGUAUUCGGAGAUGACAGAGGAGAAAGCACAGUACCUUGUGGCAGUUGAUGUGGUGACCAGUAAACCUGUGGCCUUCACUCACUUUCGCUUCGACAUGGAGCUUGACGAGGAAGUGGUGUAUUGUUAUGAGAUCCAGCUAGAAGAAGAUUGUCGACGGAAAGGCCUGGGGAAAUUCCUAAUGCAGAUUCUAGAGUUACUGGCUUACAAGACAGAAAUGACCAAAGUCAUGCUGACGACGUUUAAGAAUAACAAAGUCUCCCAAGAUUUUUUCAAGAAGACAAUGAAGUACGAAGUAGAUGAAAUAUCUCCAGAGGACCCAUUAUUUGAUGAUGCGUAUCAUUAUGAAAUCCUCAGCAAAGCCAUCAAACCCAAGCCCAAGCCUUCCGCUGCUGAGUCUGUGACUGCGGCAAACCAUCAGCUAGUAACAGCAAGCUGAUAACGGCCAUUAACGGGAAUUCAGAAAGUUUUUAUUUUUAUAUCAUAAUACAUGCAUGUGAAUGAUUGUCAUCGAGACUGCAGUGAAUUGACAAUCGGAAACUGUGGCAUCAGAAUCAGGUUGUGUGAAGAAUUUACCAUGAAAGGAUAUAUAUAUAUAUAUAUAUAUAUAUUAGUAUAUAUAUAAAAGGUGGAUUGUAAUCUUCAUUCAUCAUUUAAGGUACCAUUCAAGUUGCAGUAUAUCAAUGUUGUGCUCUGAUGAUGGACCCAUAAAAUCAUAUUCCAGUAGAUGUUAUUUUCAUCUUGAAAAUAGAAUUAAAUAUGAAACUUAA